GUUAAACCAUCAGGAACCAUGCUUCUCCUGAGCGUGAUGUUUGUGCUGCUCGCCACGGCUGUGAUGAAUCUAGCUCAGGGUCAAGCCAUAAGAGAGAUCAAAGAAGACCGUGUCAUUUUGGACUGCGAUGGAGGUGAAGAUGGUAAAGUAAUGUGGUGGAAGGAGAGCAGCGAAGAUAAAACCCAAAAGAAUUCGACCUUUGAAGCUAAAGCUGAACAGGGAACAGUUGAAGGAUUCUUCGCCUGUGAAUAUUCAAAGACAGAUACAGAUACAGGUACAAAAGAAGUCAUAAAGCACAAGUUCUACCUCAAAAUAAAAGUGUGUGAGAACUGCUAUGAGUUGAGCGGUUUGGCUGCGUGGGGCAUCAUGCUCGGAGAUGUACUGAUCACAGGAGGACUUAUGCUCAUCAUCUGCAUCUGUGCUGCCAGAAACAGCCACGGAAGACAGAAGAAAGCAUCAAAUCCCCGACCAAUAAACCCUCCUCGACCUCCAAACCCUGACUACGCGGCUCUGGAUCCAAAGAUGCGCAGCAGCAAUGCUUUGUACGCAGGCCUCAAUAAAUAGAUGCUGUUCAGACGUCCGGAUUACUGUAAAUCAGACUCUGGUGAUUCAUAGUGUUUCUUAAACGUUUGUUCCACUGUACAGGUUCAUAUAUUAGUGAUGCUGAUGUGAGUUUUGUGAGACUGACUCACGGAUCAGUGUUUUGUUUUAUACGGUAACUGAGUGUGUGUGUGUGUGUGUGUGUGUGUGUGUGUGUGUGUGUGAGAGUGU